UCAGCCAUCUAUGACAAUUCGAAAAAGAAGCCACAAUUUUCCAUUCAGCAAUUGUUGUUGUCUUACUUUAGCAUAAAAUUAAAGCAGCUAUCUUUCUUUUCAGAAUGGGAGUCUGUUAUCAUAUUCCAUUUGAAAAAAGCUUUAAAAUCUCAUGACCUUCACAGCCGAGUUUGCACAUGAAAACAGAAUUGCAGCCGAAAAAGGCUUUUUUCAUGCUCUGACUUCCUUGCUGUUUUUUUUCUACCUCUCUGGUCAGGACACACACAUUUUAACCAGUCACAAUCACACAAGCAUGAUGAACGCACCCCUUUUCCAUAUAGCGAGCCCAACUAGAAACGCUCUAGUUUUAACGCCUUUGCUAUCCCAAAAAAACGGCAGAAGUAUAACUGUUGAGAUAAGAUGCCGAAGCCAAUCAUGAUCGAGGGAUAAGAGAUAAGAAUCUUAUCAUGAUAAGGUAUCUUAGGGUUGAGAUAAGAUGCCGAGGCC